AUGGUUCUCCCAACUGUAACAUUUAGUAAUGGGCAUAAAAUGCCCAUGUUUGGUCUAGGAACAUAUUUGUCACAACCAGGAGAAGUAGAAGAGGCUGUCAAAUACGCAAUCGAUACUGGAUACCGACAUAUUGAUACCGCAUCCUUCUAUGGAAAUGAAAAGGAAGUUGGAAUUGCGAUUCGAGAAAAAAUUAAGGAAGGAGUCAUAACAAGAGAUGACGUUUUCGUAACUACAAAGCUCUGGAGUAAUGCUCACAAAGAAAGUCAAGUGGUUCCUACUUGCAAAAAAUCAUUAGACAAUCUGGGAUUGGAAUUCAUUGAUCUCUACCUCAUUCAUUGGCCAUUUGCUUUUAAAGAAGGCGAGGAAUUAUUACCGAGAGACGCUUCUGGAAAAUUGCAAUUGUCUGACACCGAUUAUAUAGACACUUGGAAAGGAAUGGAAGAAUGUAAGCGCCUUGGGCUUGCUCGAAGUAUUGGCAUUAGCAACUUUAAUUCCGAGCAAAUUACCAGAAUUCUCACAGCAGCGACAAUCAAACCAGUGAACAAUCAGAUCGAAAUGUCUUUAAAUGUAAAUCAGGAACCCCUGAUUGAGUUCUGUAAAAAACAUGAUAUUACUGUGACUGGAUAUUCACCCCUUGGAAGACCCGGUAAUCGUUAUGGCGUCAAAAAUUCAUGGGACCAUGCAACGAUUCAAUCGUUAAGCAAAAAAUAUAGCAAGACACCGGCCCAAAUAGCAUGUCGAUAUGUAUUUCAAAUGGGAGCAGCUCCAAUACCAAAGUCCAUAACAAAAGAGCGUAUAAAGGAAAAUUUCAAUAUCUUUGAUUUUGCUUUGACUGACGAAGAAAUCAAGUCGAUUCAAUCAAUUUCGACCGGUGAAAGGGUUGCGGAAAUGAAAGAGGCUAAAGAAUCCAUACACUAUCCAUUUAACAUUCCUUACUAGAUGAGAGUAAAUACGUUACACAGAUCACCGCUACCCAGAUCAAAAAAUCUAAAUGCCAAAAAUUAUUGUGUGAUUUAACAGUUCAAUCAUUUUUCAAAAAAAUACA